AUGACUUCCAGUGGAGGAAAUGCCGUCUGGGGUCGGAGGUUGAAGGAGGAUCCAGAAGUGAUCCAGGCGUCUGGGGUCAAAGUUCGCAUUUCUCCCAAUGAAACUGACUCCAUCCGAGAAUUGAUAAACGAUGCCGAGGUCCUCUCGGGUAUUCCUUCGGGGACUGGGAGCCCGUCUCGGGGGGUUCACCUCGACGACCCUCAACUCAUCCUUCGGCAGGCCAAGAGGCAUCGAGACAGCCGAAGACGACGACGCAAGAACAACAACAACAUCUUCCUGACUGGUGAAGUCCAAGAGGGCGAUACCAACAAUACGGUAUCACUGGAGAUGGACCCGAUAAAUUUAGAGAAGGUGCUGAAAAGCAGCCGGGAAGCGUUGAUGGUGACCAAAAAACAAUAUUUGGUCCAGGACUGGUGCAAGACGGAGCCUCUGAUUCAAACUCUCAAGGUUCGAGGCUGUAUCACCAAGUACGUCCUCAACAAUUUCUGCUAUGGACAGUGCAACUCCUUCUUCAUCCCAAGGACUCCCAAAGCCAAAGCCAAAAAAACUCCGUUUCAGUCUUGCGCAAUUUGCAAGCCGAAACGUUAUUCAAUGACGAGGGUGACAUUGUCGUGUCCCGGCAGAUAUCCUCCUUUCAAGAGAAGGCGAGUCAAGAAAAUCAGUGAAUGUGCCUGCACCUCUUCGCAAGCCCUCCAGUGA